AUGGUGAAGCUGUUGGUGGUUAAGAUCCUCUGCAUGGUGGGUGUGUUCUUCUUCAUGCUGCUGGGCUCCCUGCUGCCCGUGAAGGUCAUCGAGACGGACUUUGAGAAAGCUCAUCACUCCAAAAAGGUCCUUUCCCUCUGCAACACCUUUGGGGGCGGGGUCUUUCUGGCCACCUGCUUCAAUGCGCUGCUGCCCGCCGUGCGGGAGAAGCUGCAGCACGUCCUGAGCCUCGCGCACCUGAGCACUGACUACCCGCUGGCCGAGACCCUGCUGCUGCUGGGCUUCUUCGUGACCGUGUUCGUGGAGCAGCUGGUGCUCACGUUCCGCAAGGAGAAGCCGUCCUUCAUCGACCUGGAGACCUUCAACGCGGGCUCGGACGCGGGCAGCGACUCGGAGUACGAGAGCCCCUUUGCUGGGGGCGCGCACCGGCCAGCGCUCUACGCCGAGGGCCACGCGCACGCGCACGGCGCAGGCCUGAGCGCGCAGGAGCUGUCACGCUCGGGGCCCCUGCGCCUGCUCAGCCUGGUCUUCGCGCUGUCGGCGCACUCCAUCUUCGAGGGCCUGGCGCUCGGCCUGCAGGAGGAGGGCGAGAAGGUGGUCAGCCUCUUCGUGGGCGUGGCCAUCCACGAGACCUUGGUGGCCGUGGCCCUGGGCAUCAGCAUGGCCCGCAGCGCCAUUCCCCUGCGCGACGCGGCCAAGCUGGCGGUCACCGUGAGCGUCAUGAUCCCGCUAGGCAUCGGCAUGGGCCUGGGCAUCGAGAGCGCCCGCGGAGUGCCGAGCAGCGUGGCCUCCGUCGUGCUGCAGGGCCUGGCGGGGGGCACCUUCCUCUUCGUCACCUUCCUGGAGAUCCUGGCCAAGGAGCUGGAGGACAAGAAUGACCGGCUGCUCAAGGUCCUCUUCCUGGUGCUGGGCUAUGCCGUGCUGGCCGGCAUGGUCUUCCUCAAGUGGUGAGUCCUCCCCUCCCUCCUCCCCCUCCCCCUCCUCUUUCCCCUCCCCUCCCUCUUUCCCCUCCCCCCUCCUGCUCCCCUCCCCCUCCUGGCCCUCUGGUCCUGGCUGCUGUGAGCUCCAGCUGGGCACAGGCCACGGCCCAGGCUCCACCUCCCCAGAGCAGGAGCACAGGGGUGCAGCCUCCAUGACCAGGCCGCACCCCUGUCCUGCAAUCGAGCCUCCCUGCACUGAUGCGACUUUAAAAACACUCGAAAAAAAGAUCCGCUGGAGCUGUGUUGCCAGGACAGCCACAGGCGGGGUGGGGUGAGACCCAGACUUGCCCCCCAGCCCGCUGCACCCCAGCCUAGGACGGGAGCCGGGAGUCUGGCUGUGCCUAGGGUGUGAGCAGCACCAUCCUACAGCUGGCCUCCAGCCAGCGGUGCCCAGUGUCCAACCUCAACCUGCACAACUACCACAGGCCCCCAGGGCCAAAAAGCUCCUGGGGCAGACAGAAUGCCCUAGCAACUCCUCCCACCUGACCUGUUGCCCUGGCAACCCCUCCUGCCCUUGGGAACCAGAGUCCAGUGAGCUGCGGGGAGUUUGCCUGGUGGGAGGGACCCAGGUUCUGAGCCCAGGGCCCCUGCUCUGGGCCUGGCUCACACUGGAUGCCAGGGGCUCCCUGGUGCCCCCAGUCCUCAGCCCCAGGCCAUGCUGUCUGUCCCCCGCUUCUUCCUGUGCCUAACUCUCGGCCAGCGCCUCUGUGGGACAUUUGGGUCGCCCAUGGGGUCCCUGCCCCUCAUUCCCUCUGCCUGGGACCAGCAGGGAUGUCCUAGGGUGGGCGUCCCUGGGGGCACUGCUGUCCGCCCAGCUUCCAGGACUUGGGCAGGAGAAUGGACUUUCGGGGCACCUGCAGCCUGCAUGUCUCUGUGAGGACUCGGGAUUCAGCGCCUCGACCCCUGCAGAUGAGCCAGGGUUCGGGCCCCACAUCCUCGGGCGGGGCCCCCCUUGGAGCUGCAGAAGCCAGGCCCUUUUCUGCCAGCUCUCCGUGUCUGUGAGCCUGGGGUGGCCUGACCUUGUCCUGGGCCAGGAGCAGCCAUGUGGGUGUGAGACGUCCCUGCCAUGUCCCAGUCCAUGUCUCCCACGCCGUCGCCAGGUGCUCCCCCUACAGCCUUUGCCACUAGAAGGCAGUGUCAAGGAGAUGCAGAGCUGUGUGUCUGUGCACGGGUGUGGGAUAUGACCAGGAGAUGGGGCUGGGCCAGGAUAGGAAAGCUCAGGUUGCCCCCGUCACCACCAAAAACACAGGCUGUAGGGGCGCCCUCCACACGUCAGCUCCCUGAGGACGCCAGCAAGCCGGCCUGGCUGCCCCCAGCCUCUGGUCAUGCCGAUGCCUCAGCUGGAGCUCACCCCCAGGCCCUCCACCCAUCCACCGCCAGGCACGCCUCGUCCCAGGGCGCGCCGUUGCCGAAGUUCACCCAGGCCUCACCAAGUCUGUGUUCUGCUGUGGAAAGAGAGACCCUGCCAGCUCCGGGCCAGGACAGGUCCCGCCCAGCCCAAGGCUACACACACACACAUGCUGUCUCCUGGGCCCAGCUCUGUGGCUGCCCCCACUUUUAAAAAGGAAGUGAGGUGUGGCCACCAGUUACCCGGAGUAGGGCCUUUGCACGGCCCUUCAUGGAGGUCCUGGCCACAUGGGCAUCGGAGCUUCCUUCUGCCUGGGUGAGCGGGGAGUGGCCACCACCCCCAGGCCCUCCUGGGCUCCGCAGGGUUGGCCAGCAUCGGCUGCAUCUGGUGGCAGGCGGCACCCUCGGCCACUGUGACGCCCGGAGCUGUCUCCUUGCCACUGUGAAGGCUGGUGUGCCUUCUUGCGGUUCUCAGUUGAGACUCUAGCCCCGGGGACAUUGUGUGGGGUCUGGGGACACUGGCUGGAGGGCGGGGAUGCCACUCAGACCCUGCUAGCCCCCAGGAUUCUGCCGGCCCCAGUCUGUACCCCGGGGGGUCUGCCGCAGCAUCAUUCGUGAUGGGCACCACCAUAAUCCAGCGUGGCAGUGUGUGCUCUGCUGUGUUUGUGUUCCGGUCGCCCGGGUGGGUGGGAUGGGCAGAGCCAGAGUCCCUAGGCCCAGACAAGCCACCCUGUGACACAGCAGGCAGGCUGUCUCUAUGUCAGGACAUUAGAGAAAGCCAAGAGCCUGCCUCCUGUCCUCCGCUGCCGCCCACUCCACUCCCAGAACGCAUCCGGUGUCCCUGGGAGGCUGGCAGGACCCCCAGCACAGAACUCAGACCACUCACGUUGCCACGAGGAAGACCAAGAAUGACAACACACAGCACAUUGUCAGGUGGCAGCAGGUGCCAGGCAGGAAGAGGGCACUUGGCCCUGUCCCCAGGAAGUGACCCAGAGGAGACGGCACUUGAGAAGCACUGGAGGAAAAGCAUCUUCAGCUAUGGGAACUGGCUGUGCAAAGGCCCUGGGGCCUUUCUGCAGAUCUCAUCCUUUCCUGAUGACCAAAGCAGCCUGGGCUGUCUGUACAGAGACACAAGUGUCAGGGUUGGGAGUUUAUCCCCCAGCACCAAGGGCCUCAGGACCCCACUGCUCCGAGAUGGCACUGUAACAGCCUCCAAUCUGCUAGGAGAGCCCAGGUUGCCCCCAGGGGCCUGGCGCUGCUGUGAUGAUUUGACAAAUGCUCUCCUUGUCGUGAAACAUGGGUGCUGGGCUGGGGGCGGCCCUCCGUGGUGGGCACUCACCUAAGUGUGUGAUGGCCUGGGUUCAGGUCCAGCCUGGCAAAAAGAACAGAAAACUAACACUAAUGACAUAUUUUAUAAAUAAAGGGAAACACUGA